GCGCUCUGCUGGUGCCGCCGCUGCUCCCGCCGCCGCCGCUGUGUUCAGUCCGGCUGAGCUCCGUUGGUCAGCCUUCAGGUCCCUCGGGCCCAUCGUCGACUCUAGACUCUGCUGUGCGCUCCAAUCCGGCCAGAAAGAUGUCUGAAGAGUUUUCGUUGGCAGACGCACUGCCUGAGCACUCUCCUGCCAAAACCUCUGUGAGCAGCACCAAGUCUGCCCAGGCGCAGGGCUGGCCGGGCUCCAGUCCCUGGAACACCCCGAGUGCUCCGCCUUCUGUGCCAUCGGGACUCCCGCCAAGUGCAACACCCUCCACUGUGCCUUUCGGACCAGCACCAACAGGAAUGUAUCCCGCUGUGCCUCCCACUGGACCACCUCCCGGGCCCCCAGCCCCCUUUCCUCCUUCUGGACCAUCAUGUCCCCCACCUGGUGGUCCAUAUCCAGCCCCAACUGUGCCAGGCCCUGGGCCCACGGGGCCAUAUCCUACACCAAAUAUGCCCUUUCCAGAGAUACCUAGACCAUAUGGUGCGCCCACAGAUCCAGCCGCAGCUGGUCCUUUAGGUCCAUGGGGAUCCAUGUCUUCUGGACCCUGGGCACCUGGCAUGGGAGGGCAGUAUCCUACCCCUAGUAUGCCAUAUCCGUCCCCAGGGCCAUAUCCCGCUCCUCCUCCCCAGGCCCCAGGAGCAGCACCACCUGUUCCGUGGGGUACUGUUCCGCCGGGAGCUUGGGGACCACCAGCACCAUAUACUGCCCCUGCAGGAUCGUAUCCUACACCAGGACUGUAUCCUUCGCCCAGUAAUCCUUUCCAAGUGCCUUCAGGACCUUCUGGUGCUCCGCCGAUGCCUGGUGGCCCCCACUCUUACCAUUAAGUUAACAGUGGCUGAAGAGAUGAGGCUUUGCUCUUGGAAGCACCUAUAUGGACACAGAAUGCGUGUAUGCCGUUUGCUGGUUUCAUUAUCCUUCGAGGGCAUUCAUGAUGGAACAACGUGCACCUCUCAGAAGUACUUGGAUGUGCAGUGCAUCAAAUGGAACAAUCAUACUACGAGUCAAUCAUUCAGAUGUGAUUUUAAUUUGGUUUUCAUGUAAAGUGAUUAAAUGUUAAUUCAUUGAUACAAUUUGUUUGAAUUAUGAAGCAGUUGAAAGAUUUAAAAUGAUGUGGAUUGUUAGAACCUGCAACCUCAUUGGCAAAUUUCAAGUAUUUUCUAUAGUCACUUUUCCUCCCUAAGUAAACUUGGAAACAGUCACGUUAUAAUGUAAACAAAUGAUGACUCUCACCAUUUAGAGCUGCCCUAUCUACAGGAUAAAUAAAUGUAGUCAUCUUGAGGUUAUGUGUUAGAUAUUCAUUUAAGACUGUCAGUGAUUGGUGUUGAAUGUUGAGUGCAUAGCCAGCCAGUAUUCAUUUUUUACCUUUGAGCUUAUAGCACCAACUUGUGGUUUAUUUUUAGCCAUAAGGGUCAUACAGCACUAAAAUCUGUCAUUUAUGACAAUUGACUUUUUUCUUAACCCAAGUCCACUUGUAUGUAGGUGAUGCUCUUAGAGAAUGGAUGCUCUCUUUAUUGCUUUAGGGUGGGUUAUGAGACGUGAGAUAACGCUUUGGAAAGAGCUCAAGGACAGACGUCAUUGACUCCUGUUGGGAACCUCAAGCUAGAUAACCCCUAGAAUGGCUUCCUUGCAGAGGCAGCUUUGCUGUGGAGCUGGUGGCUCCCCAUCGCUCAGUCCUGACCAGAAGGGCAUCCUACCUGCAUACUCUAGGAGUAGAAGAGUCUGUCCUGCAAACACAGAGCAGGCUUACAUUCAGAGAACUGGAGUCACACACACGUGAUGGUGACUGCUCUCUACAAGUGGGCAUCAGAAAUCUGUCCGAUUAAGCAGUGUCAUUGUCUCCUGCAUAAUUUCCUGGAUCUGCUUGUAACAUGCUUAAGUCUGAAGUUCAGUUCUGUGUUUGUUGACAGGUACCUAAGUGAAACAAGUGCCAUCUUGGAAAAAACAACAUCUAGCCCUAAUGCUGACCAUAAGAACUUCUAGAUCACUGCAAGGGAGUUUAAAGCAGUGUUACUGUAUUGCUUAAAUAUUAGGCAUUGUUUAAAAGCAUCAUAACAACACUGAUUUUGGCACCUUACCUUUGAAAUCAGAUUCUUAGAUUUCCAAAGGACCUGAGCUUAUGUAUCAAAGAAUAUUUUGAAAUUUUGAAUGUGUCAUUGGAUUUCUAAAGUGUAUUUUGAAAGUUUUCAGAUCAAUGUAGGAAAUAUUUAUGCCGGAACUCUGCUUUUCCUGAGAAAGAAAGUAUUCUCAAGUUUAAUUCUUCUGUAAUUAAAAUAUCAAGAAUGCCAACUGCUGCCAACUUUAUGUUUUGUUAGCUACCUCCUUUUAAAAACAAGAUGGUCACUUUUGAGAGGCACUUUGAGCAUUCAAGCCUCAUUUAUUUUAGGGAGCUGAUAGGUUCAGGCUUUCGGGGCUGACAAAAGUAAGGACUAAUUUAACUUUCCAGAUUAGAAAAUGUGGCAAGAGUGUCUUUGUUUCUUUCACUUUGCAAGGACAGGUGGGAUCUGUGGAGUCUGUUGUCAAAGUGCCCUCCGGCACACGAGGCAGGCAGCCUGGGUAUGCCACCCUACAGCAGCAGCCAGUGCCAGAAUGGAAGGAAGGGAUGAUGGGGAAGUGAGGCAGCAGUGGGGCUUUCUUUCUGUGGUUAUUCUGGCUGCCCUGUACCGGCUUCACAUGCAAUAUUAUAACACUAGAAAGAUUCUAUUUUGACUAAAAAGAGAUGACAAGUGUAUGUAAGGUCUGUAGCUGGGUAGUCCAUUGGUAAGAAAAAAUGUUUUGCUAAAGGAUUUGAAGGUCUGUAAAUACAAGAUUUUGAGAUUACAACUCACAACAAUAGAAUAAAUUGCUAGUGGCCCAUUCUGCUCUCGGUGUUCUGUAAACUGCCAUUUGGACGAACCCUUUGCUUUCAAAGACUUUAUAAAUGGUAGUUGGUAGAUUUUUUUUCAGUGUCAAAGAUAUAAAUCAAAGGGAUAAUACAAUUCACUUUUAUAUUCUUUUUAAUUUUAUGGGACAGCAUUUCUCCAGUUGUCGUGGGUGCUGGGAGCCACAAGUGUUAUUAGAUUCAGGAUGGAAAUAAAAGCAGUGGUUUCACCAGAUAAAUGGGAAAGCCGCAAGGGCGGGAGUUUUCUCCCCUUUGUACAAAAUAAUUGCAGUGCUUUAAAGGUAGGUCAGGCUGGGCUGAGGUCAGUUUAAGGAAGGGCUGCCUGUUCCUCUGGAGUAUGCUGAUAGUGUAGAUAGUUGAGAGGUGGUCGGAGAUAGUAUUUCUGAAUUCGAAUGUUAGGUCUUGAAAUGCUGAAUCCCCAAAAUGACAAACUAAUGAAACACAGAGCUCAGGUCCUCAUUCACAUGAAGUUGUCAAGAACCAAAUGCUCCUUGGCAGAGGAGUGUGCCCUGCGUUAGCUCCACUGCCACCUCUCUGUGCAUUUGAAAACACUAUUUUUGGCUCUGUUUUUGUACAAAGUGAUGUGCUGAAUAUUUCAGAAUUAAACAGUUGCCACUAUUUAGUUAAGCAAAGACCCUCCUUUUUUUUGGUCCUUUUUACUAUUAAUUGUCUUCAGAAGAGAGAGCUUACUAGCAGGGCAGAAAAGAAAAGGGGGGUGAAUUUUUGUCCUCAGUCACACCACUAUAAUGGCUGUUGGAAUAUUUUCUAGAGAAGUCAGCAUGCUGGUGAUAACCUCUCCCACAAAACAGUAGUGCUACCUAUUGUAUUCAAAUGUAUAUAGCCUUUGAAACUAGAUUGAAGUAGCUCUGCCCAAAGCUUCCCCUGAAAGACUGUGCCUAGUUUUGCAUAUCAAGCAGUUGCCUAUGCUUCUAAAGUUAGUGCCAAUGUCUCCCUCACCCUGAGUGAUGUAAGCUCUGUCAGAUGCCAGCAUCAUAGACUGCAGAAGUUACAACUCUGGCCAAUUGAACUUCAGCACAGAACUUCCCAAGUUUUUGAAAGCAUAACCCUAAAUUCAUAUGACUCACAUUGACUACCCUGUACUAUGCAUACAAAGUGGUGGGUGGCUUUCAGGGACAACUAGUUAAAUUAAUAAAGCAAUAUUUAUUGUUGGAAGACAGAUGCUGUUCUUUUCGUUUUCAGAAUUUCUGCCAAGCAAAACAAAAAUUGUCAGGAAACAAAUCAGUGUUAAAUGCCAUGCCAGCUUCCGGCUGUGGAAAACAUCAGAAAGAUUACUUUGGUUCAGUAGUGGCUGAACUGUUGACACAGGCGCUAUACCACAUCAGAGAGGUGAGAGUCCCGUCCUUAAGAGCCUUGUAGCCUAGAAGUGACAUUACAGGUGCCCGGGAAACACCACUUAUUCACCUAGAUAAACAUUGUAGGCUUGCUGGUGGGAAUUCCAGACCAGCCUGCGGGCGUUUGUAAAGGGUACAACGGGGGUCUACCUUUUGACUUUUUUUUUUUUAACUACAAAGUGAAUGAUGUUCGAGACUGUAGUGUUGAUCAUUGCGACUAUUCAAGUGUGCAAAGCAGUGGGACAUUUUCCUCCUCACUUCCCCAAUAGAGGCACUUUCACUGCCUGUCACUGAUUAGCAGAUAACUGGUUUGUUGCCAUUAAAUAAACUUGACUUCUUAACGUGUGUUCUAUAAAGGUUUUUGUAAUUUUUCUUGAAAUUGUGAUCUUUCCAUUGACUUAAUGACAAAUUUAAUGUAUGUAAUUGUCUAUGCAUUUUAAGUUAAAUUGCCUAAAAUGUGAUUUGAGACCUAUACAUUUGUAUUAUGAACUGUAAAAAAAAAAAUCUGUUUGAGAUACUAGGUUUUAUCACCUGCUGCUGUAUUUGUAAACAAAGACAAAUGUUGCUUUAAGAAAUAAUUAUGAUUAGGAAUAGGCUAUGGAUGUGAUACUUGAUAUUUUUUAAGAUAAACUUGUUUGCUUUUGUGUAUUAUAUCUGAAAACUUUUUUUAAAAAAUGUA